GCGUAGCGGAGAAACACCUCAGUGGGCGCAGAAGCCGGGGACCGCGGGCCCUGAGCCGGAAAUCUACGGGCCCUGCUGUCUGAGGAGGGGACGGGAUGGCAGACAGAGGGCCCAGGUUUCCUCCCCUGCUCGGGAUGAACAUGUCACGGACAGAAGCGAGGCAGCUGCUGUGUCCUGACGGGACCCCGUGGAUCUGGCAGCUGCUGGAGCAGUGUGUGCGGGACGCCUGGGAGUACUGGAGCGUGGUCAUAGGGCUCGUCUCCAUCGGCUGCUUCUUGUUUGCGGCAUUGCCCCAGCUGUAUGUUGCCCACAAGAACGGAAGAGUUGAUCAAGCGCUUUCUCUUGGAUUUUUGUUAUGUUGGUUAGGAGGAGACUUUACUAAUUUUAUCGGCUGCUAUUUGACCAAGCAGCUACCAAUCCAGAUUGUCACGGCCAUUUUCUAUGUCAACAUGGAUAUAAUUAUGAUAUCGCAGUUUGCCUACUACAAAUUGAAAAACAAGAAGAUGAAAGGAAGUGGAAGUCUGAAAGGUUUUUGUAUAGGCUGGGUUGUUUUGUGCAUCACGUUGUCAGUUAUACUCCCUAGUCAGCUACUUCUGAGGACUCUAGAAAGAAAUGCUGAUCUGGAAGUAAAUCAGAAUUCUCUUGGAAUCACAGAGAUGUCCGGGUUCAUUUGUGGCUAUGUUUCCUCUGUAUUUUAUUUGGGCUCACGUUUCCCUCAACUCCAUAAGAAUUUUCAGAGGAAAUCUACAGAGGGCACCUCCUAUAUGCUAUUUGCAUUAGCAAUGCUUGGAAACUUUACAUACGGGUUGAGUCUUGUCUUGAAGUUGCCUGCAGUUCAACACAAUAAGAACCGCUAUAUACUACACCAUUUGCCCUGGCUGAUUGGAAGCUUUGGUGUACUUGUGCUUGACUUUUUUAUGACAGCACAGUUCAUACUCUAUCGAAAGCACAAGACCACACAGUCUCACUUACUGGCACUGGAAGUGGAGCCGUUGCUUGUGGAUGAAGUUGAAACCUAACCCCUCAGACCAACCUACUCCGCUCAUUUUUCUCUAUGUAUUUGGUUUACAUUUUUAUUUGCUUGAAGACUUUUUUGUGAAACUUUUAGAUCACUGUAUUUCUGAGGGACCAAAGUUUUUCAUGAACGAUCAGUUUUUUUUUUUUGUU